GGGCUUGGCUUGGAGGGGGCAAGGGAGGGAAAGAGAGAAGGGGGAAACACAAAAAACUUCUUUCUUUCUCUCUUCGUUUAUCUUCAGCCCGACAUUGUCACCUCCUCUUUGAGGGGUUAGAAGAAGCUGAGAUCUCCCGACAGAGCUGGAAAUGCACUGCACUUUGACUAUGGAAACAGAGGCUAUUGAUGGCUAUAUAACGUGUGACAAUGAGCUUUCACCUGAAAGGGAGCACUCCAAUAUGGCAAUUGACCUCACCUCAAGCACACCCAAUGGACAGCACGCCUCACCAGGUCACAUGACAAGCACAAAUUCAGUAAAGCUAGAAAUGCAGAGUGAUGAAGAGUGUGACAGGAAACCCCUGAGCCGUGAAGAUGAGAUCAGGGGCCAUGAUGAAGGUAGCGGCCUAGAAGAACCCCUAAUUGAGAGCAGCGAGGUGGCUGACAACAGGAAAGUCCAGGAGCUUCAAGGCGAGGGAGGAAUCCGGCUUCCGAAUGGUAAACUGAAAUGUGACGUCUGUGGCAUGGUUUGCAUUGGGCCCAAUGUGCUAAUGGUACAUAAAAGGAGUCACACUGGUGAACGUCCCUUCCACUGUAACCAGUGUGGAGCUUCUUUCACUCAGAAGGGCAACCUUUUGAGACACAUAAAGUUACACUCUGGAGAGAAGCCGUUCAAAUGUCCUUUUUGUAGCUAUGCCUGUAGAAGAAGGGACGCCCUCACAGGACACCUCAGGACCCACUCUGUGGGUAAACCUCACAAGUGCAACUACUGUGGACGAAGCUACAAGCAGCGCAGUUCAUUGGAGGAGCACAAGGAGCGCUGCCACAACUAUCUCCAGAAUGUCAGCAUGGAGGCUGCCGGGCAGGCCAUGAGUCACCAUGUACCUCCUAUGGAAGAUUGUAAGGAACAAGAGCCUAUCAUGGACAACAAUAUUUCUCUGGUGCCUUUUGAGAGACCUGCUGUCAUAGAGAAGCUCACAGGGAAUAUGGGAAAACGUAAAAGCUCCACUCCACAAAAGUUUGUGGGGGAAAAGCUCAUGCGAUUCAGCUACCCAGACAUUCACUUUGAUAUGAACUUAACAUAUGAGAAGGAGGCUGAGCUAAUGCAGUCUCAUAUGAUGGACCAAGCCAUCAACAAUGCAAUCACCUACCUUGGAGCUGAGGCCCUUCACCCACUGAUGCAGCACCCGCCAAGCACAAUCGCUGAGGUGGCCCCAGUUAUAAGCUCAGCUUAUUCUCAGGUCUAUCAUCCAAACAGGAUAGAAAGACCCAUUAGCAGGGAAACCUCCGAUAGUCAUGAAAACAACAUGGAUGGUCCUCUCUCUCUCAUCAGACCAAAGAGUCGACCCCAGGAAAGAGAGGCCUCGCCCAGCAAUAGCUGCCUGGAUUCUACUGACUCAGAAAGCAGCCAUGAUGACCACCAGUCCUACCAAGGAAACCCUGCCUUAAAUCCCAAGAGGAAACAAAGCCCAGCUUACAUGAAGGAGGAUGUCAAGGCUUUGGAUACCACCAAGGCUCCUAAGGGCUCUCUGAAGGACAUCUACAAGGUCUUCAAUGGAGAAGGAGAACAGAUUAGGGCCUUCAAAUGUGAGCACUGCCGAGUCCUUUUCCUAGACCAUGUCAUGUACACCAUUCACAUGGGUUGCCAUGGCUACCGGGACCCACUGGAAUGCAACAUCUGUGGCUACAGAAGCCAGGACCGUUACGAGUUUUCAUCACACAUUGUUCGAGGGGAGCACACAUUCCACUAGGCCUUUUCAUUCCAAAGGGGACCCCUAUGAAGUAACGAACUGCACAUGAAGAAAUACUGCACUUACAAUCCCACCUUCCCUCAGAUGUUGACAUACCUUUUUUUGUUGUUUAAUAUUAUUACUGUCAUUGAUUCUUAUUUCGUGGACGCAGUGUCAUUUGCCUGCCUAAUUACAAUAAGGAAGAAACAGAAGAGAGAAGGGACAAGGGAUAUUGUUUCUUGAUAACUUGGCUUGUUUAUUUUAUGGGAAUUUAAGAGCAGUUCCAUUUCUGCCACGCAUAAAUAUAAGGUAUAUCAUGCUUUGAAAAAAAAUCACUUGAUUCAUAUAGAUUCACCUGAGAGAUUCUAAUUUGCCACUGAUGUUCAGGAUUAUGAUUGAAGGCAGGAAAGUUUAGAGUUUUCUGGGUAGAACUUUCUCAGUUUAAAGUGGUAUAAGUAAUUUUACUCUUCAAGGAAGAAUUUUGUUUCAAAAUAUAAACUGUUUUUUUUCCCCCUCUAGAGAUCAUGGAACACAAACACAUUGUUACUUUCAGUGAUAAACUCCUUGGAUGAGUUGUUGUGGGUUCUAUGUUUACUUCCCCAAUGGAAUUUAUAAUACGGUAUGUUAUACACUGUACCAUAUAGCAAAACUUUUGAACUACAGGUAGUUAAGGAUACCUACAAUACAUCUGAGGUCCUAUGAUCUUAUUUUUCUAAACUUAAGCACUGUUUUCCAUAGUUUUGAUGACUGGCAUUUUAUAGACACCCUGGCAGC